UCCUCCCUGACUCCACUCCAGCCCCACGCCACCAUGUGCCACACCAGCUGCUCCACGGGCUGCCAGCCGGCCUCCUGCACUCCCAGCUCCUGCCAGACGUCCUGCUACGUGCCCGUGAGCUGCCAGCCCACCGUGUCUGUGCCCAUGAGCUGCAGGCCCGCCAUGUCCGUGAGCUGCAAGCCCGCCGUGUACGUUGUCCCCUCCUGCCAGUCCUCUGUGUGUGUGCCCGUGAGCUGCAAGCCCCUCGUGUUCAUGGCCUCCUCCUGCCAGUCCUCCGGGGGCUGCCAGCCCUCCCGCCCCACCCUGCUCUACAGACCCAUCUCCUGUAGCACCCCGUCCUGCUUCUGACCGGGAUCCCCCCCCCCAGCUGCUCCCAGGGCACAGGGGGCCACACCUGCGCCCCUCCUGGGGCAAGUCUUCAGCGGCCUCCAGGUUCUGCACAGGCAGAUGAAGAACGUGCCCAACAGACCCUCAGAAGCCCAUGGCGAGGAUGUGGCAGGAUGACCCGGAUCCCUCUGUGACCCAGCGUACCCCUGUGGGAGGCCUAGUUUCAGGGGUCC